CAUAGAGUGAGGGUAGGGUUUUGUUGGCCUGAAUAUACAUGCUAUCUUACCUCUUAUGAAUGUUUAAGUACACAAGGAAUUGAGCUUAACUUUCAAUUUGAGAGAAUUACUUUUGUGAGGAAUCAACUAGUAAGUACAUAGGCUAUAACAACAAGAGUUAAAUCAAGGUAGCACAUGCAUAGGAUAGGUGGACUAAAAUGGAUUAGAUGAUCAACAACCCAAGGCAAUUUUCCAUCAAUUGUUAUGACAAACUUUACCAACAUUGCUCUUUUGCAAAUCUUUUGUCACAAACAACCAACACCAAUCUUUGAAAUUUACUGCUUUAAGAACUUGCAAACUCUAGGCUUAAAUCAACAAUUCUCACUCACAAUCCCUGUGGUUCGAUAUUUUAAAACUCGGAGGUAUUCGUACACUUGCGAAUUGACCAACAAGUUUUUGGCGCCGUUGCCGGGGAUUGUUUGUGGUUUUCGGUUUAAGUUAAAGAGUUUGUUUGUUUGUUUUACUAAGCAUUGCAUUGAAUAGGUGUUACUAACCUUUUCUCUGUUUUUGUGAUUUCAGUUUAUGCACAGUAGACUUGGUUCGGAUCCACUGCUGUUUGAUCCGGAGCCAGAACGCACCCUCCAUCGUCGACGAGCUCAACAAAGAGCUGUUGAGUUAGCCGCCAGGGCUGCCCAUAUGACGGAGGAGGAGAUGCAAGCCCACAUUGAAGAAAGAGUGAAUGAGGCUCUUGCUCAAAGACUUCAAGAGCAAGAAUUGGAGAAUGCCAAUCGUUCUCUCAGAGACCUCACCUCGGCUGCCAUGAGCUACGAUUAUCCGGGCUGCAUAGUUUCCCUCGAUGGCACGGGAAAUUUUGAGCUGAGGCCAGCAUUCUUUAGUUUGGUGAGCCAAAAUCAGUAUGGUGGAGGUGCUCUUGAAGAUCCUCAUGCACACAUGGAGCGGUUUAUCCGCAAUUGCAACUCCUACAGAGUUCAGAAUGUUUCAGCGGACACCAUCCGCUUGAGUUUAUUCCCCUUUUCAUUGAGGGAUACUGCUGAGGAGUGGUUGAACUCACAGCCCCAAGGUAGAAUUACAUCUUGGGAAGACUUGGCUGAGAAGUUCUCCACAAGGUUUGUUCCAAGAGCCCUCUUGAGAAAGCUCAAGAAUGACAUCAUGACUUUUGCUCAAUCCACCGAUGAGAAUCUCUAUGAAGCUUGGGAGAGGUUCAAGAAGCUCUUGAGGAGGUGUCCUCAACAUAACCUUACUCAAGCUGAACAAGUGGCAAAGUUCUAUGAUGGUCUCCAAUAUUCUUCGAGGUUUGGUUUGGAUGCGGCUUCAAGUGGAGAGUUCGAUGCCUUACUUCCACAAGUGGGGUAUGAGUUGAUUGAAAAGAUGGCUAUAAGAGCCAUGAACUCUAGUAAUGAUCGCCAAGCCCGAAGAGGAGUCCUUGAGGUUGAAGCUUAUGAUCAACUUGUGGCCUCCAACAAGCAGCUCUCCAAGCAAAUGAAUGAGAUUCAAAAUCAAAUGAAGACUACCAAGAUUGGUGGUCGAGUUGCGAAAUUGGAGUGCGUGACUUGUGGAGGGCCACAUGACAGCGAAGAAUGCACAGAGACUAGACCGGAGGAGGAAGUGAAGGCUAUGGGUCAAGCUCGGAAUGACCCAUUUUCAAAUACUUACAAUCCAGGAUGGAGGAAUCACCCUAAUUUUUCUUGGAGGCAAGGUAGUAGUGGGCAAGGAAAUGGCUUUCAAAGACAAUUUCCUAGCCAAGGAUUCCAAGGCCAAAGCUCAAGACAACCUCAAGAGCGAGGAGAAGGUGAAGGUAGCGGUUCAAAGAAGAGCUUAGAAGAGUUGGUGGAAACUUUCAUCAACCGGACGGAGAAUAAUUACAAGAAUCAAGAGGCGGCUAUCAAGAAUCUUGAGAAUCAAUUUGGCCAGCUGGCCAAGCAAAUAGCUGAGAGACCUCAAGGUAAAUUUCCUUCCGACACUAUCCCCAAUCCUAUGCAAGAAAAUGCCUCUGUUGUAGCCACUAGAAGUGGGAGAGUGAUGAAUGAAUUGAAGGAAAAAACAGAGGGAGAUAAGAGAGAGGAGAUAGUGGGAGGAGAAGUAGUUGUGCCUAUUAAGGUGAGAGAGGAAGUUGAUCUUACUCCUGAAACUAGCAAGGUUCCGUUUCCUAAAGCAUUGGCUAAGAAGAGCUUAGAUAAAAAGUUUUCAAAAUUUGUUGAUGUUUUCAAAAAGCUCCACAUUAGUAUUCCUUUUGCCGAUGCUUUGGAACAAAUGCCUAUAUAUGCUAAGUUUAUGAAGGAUAUUUUGCAUAAGAGAAGAAGAUUGAAGGGAGUAGAUGAGACGGUGUUGAUGACGGAGGAAUGUAGUGCCAUUUUGCAGCCGAAGAUGCCAAAGAAAAGAAGGGACCCCGGAAGUUUCACUAUUCCGGUGGAAAUUGAAGGCAUGUCGGAUGUGGAAGCCUUGUGUGAUCUUGGAGCGAGCAUCAAUUUGAUGCCGCUCACCAUGUUUGAGAGGCUUAACCUAGGAGAGGUUACUCCAACCAUGCUCUCCUUGCAAAUGGCGGAUCGAUCCCUCAAGACUCCAUAUGGGAUUGUGGAGGAUGUAAUGGUGCGGGUGGACAAGUAUGUGUUCCCCGUGGACUUUGUCGUGCUUGAUAUGGAGGAGGAUGAGAAGAUUCCUCUCAUCCUUGGUCGACCUUUCUUAGCUACUGGUAGAGCUAAGAUUGAUGUUGACAAGGGUCACAUCAUUCUCCGUGUUGGUAAGGAAAAGGUACGGUUUUCUGUUUUUAAUCCUAUGAUUGAGACUAACCAUGACAAUGACUUUGUCUGUGAUGUGAUUAGAAGCAGGUCAAAGGUUUCAGAAGAGACCCCCAAAGUUAAUGCCCAAAUUGAUGAGUUCCAUCCGGCUCUCAUCAAGCUUGUUAGUGGUAACAAGUAUGGGGGGUCCAAGUACGAGAACUUACAUGCUCAUAUGGUGAAGUUUACCCAAGCUAGCACCCUUGCUAAGAUUGAGGGUGUUUCAAGUGAUGAAGUGAAGAUUAAACUUUUCCCUCAUUCUUUGACGAGGGAGGCUAGAGCUUGGUUUGAUGAGCAAGAGGACAUUGCCUCAUGGGAGGAUUUACUCCAGAGGUUUUGUGCAAGGUUUCUUCCUUGCACUUGUGGUAAGUUAAUCAAUGGAAAGGAAUUUCCUUCCUAACACCAUCGGAAGGAGAGUCCACCUAGGACUAUAACCUAGGGCUAAAUGGGAGACAACCCAUUCUUUUAAUUUUGUUAUUUUCUAUCUUUGAAUUUUGUAGUAUUUUAGGUGUUUAAUUUCAAAAAAAAAAAAAAAAAAGUAAAAUUUUUGUGAAAAAACUGGGCUGAGCGCCUAGGCGCCAAUUAGUGGCAGAGGCACUGCCUCUGGAACUGGUGUGAGUUCCUGAGCGUUCCCCUCGAGCGCUCCUGUUCGUAUUUUUGCCCAUAUUUUGAGUUUUAAAACCCCAACCUUUCAUUUUCCCACUCUUAACUCUCAUUUCUCACUUGCACACACUUUGGCUCUUCCUUUUGCUUCAAAUUUCUGCAUUGCAUCAAGUCUAUUCCACUUGCACCCACUCACUCUCAAGUCAAGGUAAGUUCUAUUUUCCACUUCCCUUCAUCAUAGUUCAUGAGUUUUGCAAUGCAUGCUUCUUUUGGGUAAGGGUGAGUGAAUUUGUGCUAGUGCAAGUUGGGUUUGGGUUGUAUUUGUUCAUUAUGGGUUGGUUUUGUGCUUAAUUAGAAAGGGGUUGUGAAUUUGUGAGGAAUGAGUAGUUAGGAUUUUGUGGAUUAGUUUAGUUUAGCUUUUGCUUAUAAGGUGUUUGUUAGAAUGCCUCAAUGGGUUCUCUUAGUCGAUUUUUGGCAAGUGCUUAUGUGGUAAUCUUUCUCGCUUUGCCAAAAUCACUAAGAGACUUGUUGGGUGCUCUUAGGUUGUUCUAUUUUUGUUUUUGUACAAAGUUUCUCCUUUCAUUUCUUUUCGUUUUUGAACUAACAUUUCUAACGUCUGUGGCUUGUGUAUGUGCUAACAACUUUGCAGAUUCCUGCAAAAAGAUCAAGAACCAACGCAAGAGCUGCAGCUUCUUCCUCCACCUCCCGGAGCUUUGAUCGCUCCCGCUUCCUUUCAUUGAAAAAGGAGGAGUUUUAUCGAUCUCACCUAGCACACAAGGAGUGUGUGAAGGAGCGGCGAGUUCUUUAUCGGGAGGGAAGAAGAGACCUCUUGGGCAUGCAAGAAGCCAUGGAGAUUAGGAGGUGGAAGAAUUGGGUCAACCCCAUUCUGUUUGCUUGUGAGGUCAUGGUUAGGGAGUUCUACGCGAACCCCUACUGUGACAAUCAAGAGGACAGGUCCAGGCCACCGGUGAAUUCAUCUUGGUUCAGGGGAGAUGUGAUUGACUACAAUCCAGCAGUCAUUCGCAGGCAUCUUGGUCUCCUCACGGAGGACCAAGAGAAGGAGCUUUUCCCCGAGAAGGCCACUUAUCAUGAGCUCUUAGAGGAGAAGUCACCGGAGAUCUUGGAAGACAUGAAGGCAGUGAUUGUUAGGCCUGGGCAGGACUGGGAAGCAGUUGAUGAUGAGAUUAUUUUUGUGAGGAGGAAGGAUAUGACACCGCUGGCUAGAGUUUGGGCUGAAUUUUUGCAGGAUUCCCUCAUUCCUAGCUCUAGCAAAACUGAAGUUAGAGAGGUUACAAUGGUUGCCAUCUACUGCAUUGUGAGAGGCCAUCCUAUGGAUGUGGCCACCAUCAUUGCUGGUCGGAUUUAUUCCCUCUACAACAGGAGUAAAGACAAGCAUCGGCCCAUCUUUCCUCACUUGAUUUGCUCUUUGAUUCAUGCGGUGAGAGACAGAGCUAGGAGGCCAGUCCAUGUUAUUGAGAAGAGGUUGCCUGUGGCACCUCUGCUCAGUAAGGAGAGGAUCACUCAACUUUAUAAAGAGUGGACGGCAAGAAUGCCUCAAGAGGAGGAAGAGGAAGAGGAUCCUAAGGAGCCAGCGGAAGAAGAUGAAGAAGAAGAGGAAGAAGAAGAGGAGGAAGAAGAAAAUGUUGAGGUGGUGAAUGAGGUGGUUACUCCACCACGUGCUGACCCUUCUCCUGCUUGGAUGGAGGCCGCUUUCGGGCGGAUGUUUUUGAGGCAAGAUCGCCUACACAGGGAUCUUGACCUCCAUUGGAGGGGAGAUAGCACAUCAGACCCCAAGUACAACGGGCCCAUGGAUUUUAAUACCUUGGAGCAGGGGAUGAUAGACUUGAGCUUGAUGCAUGAUGCCGGUGUUCAUCCGGAUUAUGGCGAUGGAAGGGGUGACCAUGACCCCAUGGAGUGACUUUGUUGAGGUUUGGAGAGCAGAAACUGAAGGCCAAGAAGCAUGGAAUUGAUGGAGAACUUAAAGAGGAUUGAAAAGAGGAGUUUCAGAAGCCAAAAAGUCCUUUUCAGGCGAGCUUAAGCGCCUAGGCGCUGGGAAUGGGCGCCUAGGCGCCAAUUAGGUCCAGAGGCAUGUUUUUCAACAUGCAAUUGGCGCUCAGGCGCUCUGAAUUGGCGCCUGAGCGCCCAGCCUCGUUUAUUUUGCCUAUAAAUAAGGCUUAGGCCAAUUUCUUUGAUACAAUUGGACAUUUCACUCAUUUUUUAUCAAGUUUGAGAGCUGAGGAGAACUUUGGGGCCAAGGGAGGCUUCCAACUUGUAUUUUUUCUCAGGUUUUCUUUACAUUUUCUUUAUGAAUUCACUAGCCAUGAGUGGCUAGUUUACUUUUUGCUUUGGGUUAAGAGAUUUUAUGAAAUUUUAGUUUGUUAAAUCCUAUCUCUAUGCAUGAGUCUUGAUUCAAUCUUGUAUUUCAAUUCCUUAUUGCAUGUUUAGCUUUGGUGCACCUUUGCUAUAGGCUAGAUUAUAAUCAAACGGAAAUUUGUUAUGAUUUAGGGACAUGAAUUGGAAUAGAUCCUUCUAUACUUGCUUCUAGGCAUAGAGUGAGGGUAGGGUUUUGUUGGUCUGAAUAUACAUUUUAUCUUACCUCUUAUGAAUGUUUAAGUACACAAGGAAUUGGGCUUCACUUUCAAUUUGAGAGAAUUACUUUUGUGAGGAAUCAACUAGUAAGUACAUAGGCUAUAACAACAAGAGUUAAAUCAAGGUUGCACAUGCAUAGGAUAGGUGGACUAAAAUGGAUUAGAUGAUCAACAACCCAAGGCAAUUUUCCAUCAAUUGUUAUUUCAAACUUUACCAACAUUGCUCUUUUGCAAAUCUUUUGUCACAAACAACCAACACCAAUCUUUGAAAUUUACUGCUUUAAGAACUUGCAAACUUUAGGCUUAAAUCAACAAUUCUCACUCACAAUCCCUGUGGUUCGAUAUUUUAAAACCCGGAGGUAUUCGUACACUUGCGAAUUGACCAACAGAUGUCCACAACGACAUUUGUAGCAACUAAUCCUAAAGGCACUAAGUCGGAUUGUGGCUUUUCGACGAUAAAGUUUCAAUAUGUGCGCAAAAGGGUUUUUAUACAGUUUUUCAGAUC